UUUACGCCAACCACCGCUGGCAAAUUUUCUUACUCUCCCAGCACUCACGCUCCCUUAGCCACGUGUUUUUACCCACUUCUAUCCCAUCGCCGCCGUCUAAAUCUAGUCCGGCCCAGCACUCACGCUCCCUUAGCCACGUGUUUUUACCCACUUCUAUCCCAUCGCCGCCGUCUAAAUCUAGUCCGGCGAUACAGAUAUUUAUUUAUUUCUAUUUAUUUUCACAUUACCCAUCUUUACCUCCCUUUAUAGCGGUUACGGAAAUUGCUGCAAUUAAUAUUUAUUUGUGUUUUGAUCAGCUUCGAUCCGCAUCAUUACUUUUCGAAGUGUACAGAGAUUUGGUGAUGCUUGGUUGCGGGAUUUAUUGACGAUCAUCAACGAUUUUGAGAGGUUUUCGGUGAUCGGUAACUUUCGAUGUCUGGACCGCUGGAUCGAUUUGCGAGGCCUUGCUUUGAGGGCUCAUCAGGUAAUGAUGAGAGAAGAGAAAGAAAAUCUGAUUUUGAGAAUUCCGAAGAUGAAAGGAGGACAAGAAUUGGUUCCCUGAAAAAGAAAGCACUGAAUGCAUCAUCAAAGUUUAAACAUUCUCUGAAGAAGAAGAAGAAGAAAAGUAGAAACAAGAGCAAUGGUCGAGUCAGCUCCGUUUCAAUUGAGGAUAUCCGAGACGUUGAGGAACUAAAAGCUGUGGAUGAAUUCCGACAAGCCUUAAUUUUGGAUGAGUUAUUACCAGCAAAGCUUGAUGAUUACCAUAUGAUGUUGAGGUUUUUGAAAGCAAGGAAGUUUGAUAUUGAAAAAUCCAAGCAGAUGUGGGCUGAUAUGAUUCAAUGGAGGAAAGAUUUUGGCGCUGACACAAUUAUGGAGGAUUUUGAAUUUAACGAGUUGAAUGAAGUUUUAAAGUACUACCCGCAUGGUUAUCAUGGAGUUGAUAAGGAGGGAAGGCCGGUGUACAUUGAGAAAUUGGGGAAAGUUGAUCCCAAUAAACUUAUGCAAGUUACGACCUUGGACCGUUACAUAAAAUACCACGUGAAAGAGUUUGAGAAAUGCUUUGCAAUUAAAUUUCCUGCUUGUACCAUUGCUGCCAAAAGGCAUAUUGAUUCAAGCACGACAAUUUUGGAUGUCCAUGGUGUGGGUUUGAAAAACUUUACUAAAAGUGCUCGUGAACUCAUUAUACGGCUUCAAAAUAUUGAUGGAAAUAAUUAUCCUGAAACACUUCAUCAAAUGUUUAUCAUUAAUGCUGGUCCAGGCUUUCGACUACUGUGGAAUACUGUGAAGAGCUUCCUGGAUCCCAGAACCACUACAAAGAUUCAUGUUCUUGGAAAUAAAUACCAGAACAAGUUACUUGAAAUAAUAGAUUCCAGCGAGUUGCCAGACUUCUUGGGAGGAAUGUGUAGUUGUGCAGAUCAAGGGGGUUGCCUGCACUCUGAUAAAGGACCAUGGAAAAAUCCCGAGAUUCUAAAGAUGGUACUCAAUUGUGAAGCACUACGUGCCAGGCAGGUUGUAAAAGUUCUUAACAGUGAGGGGAAGGUUGUUUAUGCUAAACCACACUACCCAAUGGUUAAAAGCAGUGAUACUUCUGCUGAGUCUGGUUCUGAAGCUGAAGAUAUUGCUUCACCAAAGGCCAUCCGAAAUUAUUCACAUCUUCGGUUGACUCCUGUUCGUGAGGAGGUCAAGGCCGGUGGGACACCAAUCUAUUAUGGUAACUUCUCGGGAUAUGAUGAAUAUGUUCCCAUGGUUGACAAGGCUAUUGAUUCGGUAUGGAAGAAGCAAGUAUCCUUUCAGAAGCCCUGUGUCACAAAAGAAACGGUUCUUUCACCUGAUUCACAAAAGGCUCCAGAAGGACUACGUGCUCGGAUUUUAACCUCUCUUAUGGCAUUCUUCAUGACCCUUUUCAUGCUCUUCCGCUCAUUAUCAUGCUGUCUCCUGAAAAAGGUUCCUGAUGCAUCAUCACAUCAAGAAUCAACCAUUACGGAAAAUGCCUUUGACACAAUCCUGAAGGAGGAAUUUCGACCACCAUCUCCAACACCAGCAUUUUCAGAGGGAGAAGUGCUGUCUUCUGUACUGAAUAGGUUGGGCAAACUUGAGGAGAAGGUCAAUGCUCUUCAAACAAAGCCAUUUGUAAUGCCUUGUGAGAAAGAAGAACUGUUGCAUGCUGCUGUUUGUCGAGUGGAAGCCCUAGAAGCAGAGUUAAUUGCAACCAAAAAGGCUUUGUACGAGGCUUUGAUUAAGCAAGAGGAGCUGCUUGCUUAUAUAGAUAGUCAAGAAGAAGCCAGACUUCGGAAAAAGAAGUUUUGCUGGUAAGGUGUCAAGUGUGGAGCUUUGAUGUUCCAGGGAUAUGUUUGCUGUGUAAAUUUCGUUGAUGUUGGAUUUCCAUCCUGUCUGAGAAAGUGGAUUGAGCACAUAAACUUCCAGUUUCUGUAAAAAAAUUACUGAAAGGUUUUAUCAAGCAUGUUUAAACUCUCUCUCUC